AGUCUUCAAGUCAGAAUAAGGGUUUGCACAUCUAAGGCAGAGAUGCGGAAGAAUUUCUUCUCUCAGAGAGGAGUGAAUCUGAAGAAUUGUUUACCACAUAGGGCUGUGGAGGAUGGCUAGCUAAGUAUGUUCAAGGCCGAGCUAAAUUUAUAAUCACUAAGAGAAUCAAGGGCUGUGGAGAGAUAGAAGCAAAGUGGAGUUGAGGAUUAUUACAUCACCCAUAAUCUCAUUGAAUGGUAAAGCUGUCUCCACGGGCAGAAGGGCCUAUAUCUGCUGCUACGAGCUACGGUUUUGUUGAUUAGGAAUGAAGUAAAAUUAAAGGUGCCUAUCGGGCAAGCUGUGAUACCACCCCAUUCUGACCGUAAAGGAAUUAUUCUAAAUGCAGAUGCGAUCGAAAUGUAGCAGUUCACUAAUUUGAGCAGCCUCAGAAACUUCUGGGUGGGGCGUCUCCGAUCUGGUCAUCAGCUGUUCGCGUUGGCUGCUGCUGAGCUCGCCGUAUCCCCAGUUUAACUUUUUUGGCAGUAAUCACCGUUACAAUGCCAGGAAAACCUUCAAAAUUCCUUCGGUUCCUGCAAAACAACGAUACAGGGACUUCAGCUGUAUUUUGGACAGGAGGUAUUGUCAUGCUUUAUCAACUGAAGGAGACCUUCGGAAGGCAAAUUCCAUGCCCAUGUAUGUCUGCAGCCACAAAUGUUCAGUAUGUUUGGAUGUUCUUCUCGCUGCCUGCAAUAAUGUUGUUUGUCUUUGGUGUGCUGCUCCAGUGUGAACAACGGAAAUGCCCAGAGUCAGAAGGCUAUUGGAGGAAAGAGUGGAACUGGCGAAAUUUCUGUUGUUUCAAUUCCUUCCAGGCAUGGAAGCGUGAGUGUUGUUCGACGAAGUUGGCCAAGGUCAUUCUUGUCAUUUUCUGCAAAGCACUCAGCCUAUCACUAAUAUGGAUCGGUCUGUUGUUUCUCGAUGGUAAUUAUUAUGCCUGUUCUAUGAUAAUGAAGAAUGCGAAAGUGAACAGUACAAUAUGCGCCAAACUCACCUGCGAACGGAAUCCCAGAUUCUUUUUACAUGAGUACGGUCGUCUUUGUGAUCAUUCGCUGGUGAUCGGUAUCAGUUUGCACUGCAUGUUGGUGCUUUUGGCCGCAUUGAUUUUAUUCUACUACAUUUGCAAAGCUGAUGACACAAAGCCUCAAACCGAAUAUCAGCACAAAUAUCAAUUCAAGUAUAUUAAAGAGAAUAACGAACUGAUUAUGCAGCCAUUGGAAAAUGGAAUGUCUGAGGCUAUACAAACAGGCAGUGAGAACAUGAAGAAAUUAAUCUCAACCAUUAUUGAUGUUGUAUUUGAGAUUCAUCAAAAUAACUAUGUGACGUACAUGUCUGGCCAGGAAAUGCAGUCAAGUCUGAGCAGUGACAGAGAGAAGAUAAUACCAAGACUGCCAUUGCUUACCACUAUCUCAAUCAAGACUGCUUCAGACAAAAAUGAAUCCAUCAUUGAAGUGCACUACAGUGAGAGAGAAUAUGACUGAAGGGCAUCAACAGAAAGAUGAAGGAUCUCAAAAUAAAACUUAGAAAUAAAAUGUGAUGGUAAGUUAGCUGUACCUACCAUUACCAGGAGUUCAUACAAGUGCACAAUUCAGAAAAGACAACUUACAAUACCAAAGUCGGGAGUAUUGUGAAAUGGAAAAUCAAUUCAGAAACAAACAUAAAGUGAAUUAGGAACUAUCAAGGUUACUUCAAAAAAUUAAGACUUGUUAAAAAAAUAGUCAGAGAAUCUAAUUAAUUACAGUUUCUUUAACGAUUAGACCAAACAGAAGUAUCAAAUGACUCUGCUUGAGCAUAAUAAUAAUAAAUCAUUUUAGUGAUAUUCCUAAAGCAGCUAAGAAAUACUUUGACCCACAAAUGAAAGGGCUGUUAGCAUACAAUGGGAACUAUUUUGAAUUUUUUGUCUGAACCAGGCGUGGAAGAAUCUGUGGAAAAAACAAAAAUAGAGUUAAUGCUUCAGAAUGAUGACCUUUUAAUUUAGAACUUUUCAGAUGUAUUAGAUCUUAAACAAAUUUAGAGCGAAGAAAAGGUGGGCAUGGGAGAUGAGAACAAAGAGAUGAGAGGGUGAAAUGGAGUUUUUGAGUAGUAGAGUUUUUUUUUAAUUUCCAAGACAUUUAAGUAGAAGUGUGAUAAAAAGGGUUGAGGUUAAUUAUGAGCCAAAGUACGCAAAAGCAGGGGGAAUACCUGGGGAGGUACCUGUCUUUACUGAUGAAGAUAUCAAUUGAAUCUUAGUGAAAGAGUGGAGAUAUUGGAUGAGUUGAAAAUGGAUAAAACACAAGAUUGGAUGAUAUUCAUCCAAGGGGCUGACUUGCUGUCUUAAUGCUUAGCACUGCUGCCUCGCAGUGCCAGGACCUGUCUUUGAUUCCACCUUUGGGCAACUGUCUGUGUGAAGAUUUCAUGUUCUUCCAUCUCUGCGUGGCAUUUCCUCCGGAUGCUCUGGUUGACUUCCACAUUCCAAAUUUCUGCUCGCUAGGUGUUUUUACCAAGUUAAAUUGUCCGUGAUGUCCAUACACACACAGGUUAGGUGGAUCAUCCAUGGUGUAUGUUAGGUUACAGGGAUAGGGCAGUGGGGUAAGCUUGGAUGGGAUGCCAUUUGCAGGGGUCAGUGUGGACUUGAUGGUUUAAAUGUCCUGCUUCCGCACUGUAAGGAUUCUACGGACAAGAAUUUUAAAGAACGGGUCAGUAAAAUGAAAUAUGCAAAGAGCUGAAGAAGGCGACUAUUUAUGCAGAUGUCUGAGAUACUCUUUCAGGUUUGAAACAAUGAUGAAGCGGCAAUGAUGGAAACAAAUGAAGUUCAAAAUGUGAAAACUUAGAAAUUUUCAAAAACAGAACGGCGUCUCUUCUCUUGAAGGAGUUUUGAAUUAUAAAUGUUGGAAAUAGAAAAUUGUCUGAAAGCCUCACAAUAGUCUAAUUUUACAAAUUAAAGCAGACAGUAAACCCGGUGAGAAUUUUUUAAGAUUAGAUUAUUUACAGUGUGGAAACAAGCCCUUCAGCCCAACAAGUCCACACUAACCCUCCGAGACCACCCACCCAGAUACAUUCUCCUCCUGACUAAUGCACCUAACUCCGUGAGCAAUUUAGCGUGGCAAAUUCACCUGACCUGCAUAUCUUUGGAGUGUGGGGGGAAUCCAGAACCUCCCAAGGAAACCCGCCCAGACAAAGCAAGAAUGUGCAACCGCCACACAGACAGUCACCCGAGAUGGGAAUUGAACGUGGGUCUUCUGGCGCUGUGAGACUACAGUGCCAACCGCUGAACCAUCGCCACAAUUUGACAGUUUGUGAUGAUCAUGAUGGGCUCGAAAAUUUAAUUGGACAAUGGGGGAAUUACUAUGUGGAUUGCGUGUGGUAAGAUAAUUUUUAGGAUCAUAACAUGUUGAUGAUGAUGGGGGACAUUGGUUGUAAUUGGGUUGGAGUGGUGGGAGGUGGCAUGGUGAGUAGAUGGGUAUCUGAGGUAAUUUCAAGGUGUAACUUUUUAUUUUGUGGCUGUCAUUUUUGAGUUGAAGAUGAAACGUUAAGUGUGAGAAGAAUGGAAAACCCAAUUAAAAACCUAAUAAACAGUUGCCUGUCAAAAACAGA